AGCAGCAGCAGCUGCGAUAGCAGUAGCAGUGACAGUGGCAGUGACUCGGAGGCGGAUAAGCCAUCGGCUCCCAAGAAAGGAGGGAAGGCCAAUGCCGAUGGCGUACCCGAAGAGACCGACGGGGACCGGCCUGCAAGCCCUGUACCGAGUGCUUUCGAUCUCUCUCGAAAGAUUGACGCAAUGGUGGCGGAUUUGGAAAAGCAUUGCAGGGAAACGUAUAAGGGGAGGCUCCGCUCCGAGUUCAAGGCUGUGAUGCCGCCAGUCUAUAAGAGGCAUUUGGGUGGCCUUGAUAGAAUUUUCUGCAUCCCGCACUCUAUGGAGCCGCAAGCGUUCGAGGCGCAAAAGUUUCAAAGCGCUCUACUCCCGGAUGACCUUAAGGACAGGCAGUCUCGGGAUGCCUUCAUCUCGAGACUGAAGACAACCAUCCGCUGGCGCCAGUGUGAGGAUAAGGAGACGGGCGCACUGUACAAAGAAUCCAAUACCCGCAUCGUGCGCUGGUCCGAUGGCUCGGAGACCCUACACAUUGGCGCAGAGGCCUAUGAAUUGAUCAGUCACCCUACGCCCUUAGGGCAUGAUCACCUGUAUGUGCGCCAGAACAGCCACCAUUAUUUGAUAGGUCCGAUCAGGGAAAAGAUGAGACUGCAUUCCGACAUAGAGUCGAAGUUUGGCCAGACUCAUGUGCAGCCGGUCAGCAGCUGUGUGAGCACUAACCCGAUGCUUGAUCGCGAGCGCAUGAUCAGAGAGGACCAGGCCCAGGAGCGCAGAGAAAAGUUCGAGAAGAUGCGUGAGCAAAAGAAUCAAUGCAAACCGACUGUGAAGCCAACGCGCUACUGUACAGCCGGGGACAGCAAUUCGGCUGCACUGGCCGCCAAUCAGGUUUCGAGACCAGAUGAUCAUGUAUUUCGUAAGCCGUUGCUUCCUCCGAUCAAGCGAGCGGCAGGCGCUCGCGCCAAACGCAACACCAACGUCAAUGUAGAGCAAAAUGAAGAGGACAUUGACAACGAUGUGGAGGGGAAGGAAAAAGUCAGCCCAGGCAUUAAAAGAAAAUCAAAUGUGAAGCAAGUGCAGCCCAAGCCCAAGCGCAAACAGCCACCAAAAGCCGUCCUUAGUGACUCUGAAUAAACUUGACACAAGUAUGCCAUGCACAAUAUUCAAAUGCGGUUUCUAUUGCAAUUAGGUUUGAGGUCCAACUCUCGAAUAGU